CUUAUAUAUAUUCAUGCACCGAGCGCACUAAAUGGACAUAUUCCGUACGACGCCGUAAAGCAGGGAAAUCAGCAGGUUGGCCAGUAGCUGAGCGUUUACUAUAUCCAAAAAAGACAAUCAUGAAUUUGUUCGUGAUCGUCUGCAUAAUGACGACCCUCUUGGGUCCAGCCUUGGGAAGAGUAAUGCUGUGCUAUUUCGGAAGCCGUCCGCGUCAUUACGGAAAAGACGAAUUCCAAGUCUCCGACGUCAUACCCCAAUUAUGCACGCAUUAUAUUUAUUCAUUUAUCGGUGUCACCAGAGAGGGGGAUAUCUACAUCCGGAAUCAGCGGAACAAUUUAUCUAAAAAUCAUAAAAAUGAUGAUUUUGAGCAGUUUGUUGCUCUGAAGAAGACAAAACCAGCACCUAAAUUACUCAUUGCCAUAGGUGAAUGGAAUGCAGGUAGCAAGAACUUCAGUCAUGUCGUGAACAAUGUCACUAUACGUGCGAGAUUUGUUAGACACGCUAUUGCUUUUCUGGAAGAGCAUACUUUAGAUGGAGUUGAUUUUGAUUGGGCGUAUGAUUGGAAUGCCAUUCCGAAUCCACCUGAUGUACCGGAAUCCGACAGGAGGAACUUAGUUGAACUUGCGAAAGUACUGAAGGCGGGAUUUGUAAAGAAAGGAUAUCUCCUAACUGCUGCAGUUGCAGGUCCCAAAUAUAUUGCAUCUCGGAUUUACAACAUUCCAGCACUAGCCAAAAUCUUGGAUUAUAUUAAUGUCAUGACUUUUGACUUGAUUACUCCAUUUAACUCUGUCGCUGUAGGACAUCACGCAGCGUUGGCUCCUGCCAAAUAUCAAGCAAAUAAUGCUACCUUAUUGCAGGCCAAUGUACGAGCGUGCAUCGGUUUCUGGCUGAACAGUGGCGCUCCUGCUUCUAAAUUGGUACUUGGAUUGCCUCUUUAUGGAAUAACAUUCACAUUGGCCGAUACUUCAAAGACUAGUCCCGGAAGUCCGUCAGCUGGUCCAGGACGUCCCGGACCCUAUACACGCCAACCUGGUUUGAUGGGUUACAACGAGUUCUGCAAACAACAAAAAACUCGAAACUAUACUACUGUUUGGUCUACCGAACAGGUUGUGUCUUUUAGUUACUCUGACGACCAGUGGAUAGGACACGACGACCAAAGAAGUUUUACGGAAAAAAUAAGAUACGCUAGGAAGCAUAAACUCGCUGGCAUAAUGUUAAGGAACAUAGAAAAUGAUGACUUCAGGGGAACUUGUCGCCACGGCCGUUAUCCACUUCUUAAGACUGCUAAGGCAGCACUCAAUGCUGAUACACUAGAAGAUGCACAAGACGAUGUAACAGAAGAUGUAAAAAGAGAUUGACAACUUUAACCCCUUGCAAAAGUCAGGCCCAACGCGGCUGCCUCGAUCGUCGCGGUGAACGGCGAGCGGUGGAGCGGGCGAGCCGAAACUUGAUACCUAUUCUUACGACCGUAUUUACUUCACGCGAUGGAACUCUUGUGAAAUUCAAAUGAAUUUGAAUAAAAAACUUUUAAAAAAUACUUUAAUUAUUACAUAAGAUGAAAACAAAUUCUGAUUAUUUAUAAUAAUAUAAUUGGAUCCAAAACUAAGACCACGAGUAAGACUCGUGAUAUUCAUGUUUGGUCUGGAACUGAACAACGAGUCAGACUCGUGACAUCCAUGUUUGGCUUAAAAUUUUCAUCACGAGUCAGACUCGUCAAAAUGGUGCAAGAGGUUAAAUACUUCAUAAAACUAUCUAAUCCUUUAUUGAGACGGAUUUUGGGAAAUAAAUGAUGAAUUAUAA